GGGGCCGGGCGCGGGGGCUGCCGGGAAGGGCCGUGGGCAGCGGCGGGCGAUGGCGGCGGCGCGGGCUCCCCCGCGGCGGCGGCGGCGGCGGCUGCGGCGGCUCUGAGCGGGGCGGCGGCGGCGAUGCGCGGCACUCUCGGCGACGAUGGAGGACCGGUCCCACAAGGUCCUGCUGGCGCUGGUGAUGCUCUUCCUCUUCGCCGUGAUCGUGCUGCAGUACGUCUGCCCGGGCACCGAGUGCCAGCUCCUGCGGCUCCGCGCCCUCAGCCCCGCCGCCGCCGCCGACCCGUACCGGGCGGAGGACGAGACGCCGGCGCGUUUCGUUCCCCGUUUCAAUUUCUCCGCCGACGACUUGCUGCGGCGGGUGGACUUCAACAUCAAGGGGGACGACCUGAUCGUGUUCCUGCACAUCCAGAAGACGGGCGGCACCACCUUCGGGCGGCACCUGGUCCGCAACAUCCAGCUGGAGCAGCCCUGCGAGUGCCGCGCCGGGCAGAAGAAGUGCACCUGCCACCGGCCCGGCAAGCGGGAGACCUGGCUCUUCUCCCGCUUCUCCACCGGCUGGAGCUGCGGGCUGCACGCCGACUGGACCGAGCUCACCAACUGCGUGCCCUCCGUGGUGGACAGCAAGAAGGAGGUGCGGCUGCGGCCCUCCAGGAAUUUCUAUUACAUCACCAUCCUGCGUGACCCUGUGUCCCGAUACCUGAGCGAGUGGCGCCACGUCCAGCGAGGAGCGACAUGGAAGGCGUCCCUGCACGUCUGCGACGGCCGGUCGCCGACCACCGAGGAGCUGCCCAGCUGCUACACAGGGGACGACUGGUCGGGCUGUUCCCUGCAGGAGUUCAUGGAUUGCCCCUACAACCUGGCCAACAACCGCCAGGUCCGCAUGCUCUCCGACCUCAGCCUGGUGGGAUGCUACAACCUGUCGGUCAUGCCCGAGGAGCAGAGAAAUAAGGUUCUGCUGGACAGCGCCAAGGAGAACCUGAAGCGGAUGGCCUUCUUUGGCCUGACCGAGUUCCAGCGCAAGACUCAGUAUCUCUUCGAGAAGACCUUCAACAUGAACUUCAUCUCGCCGUUCACGCAGUACAAUAGCACAAGGGCCUCCAGUGUGGAGAUAGACAAGCAGACUCAGCAGCGCAUCGAGGCCCUCAAUUUUUUAGACGUGGAAUUGUACGAUUAUGCAAAAGACCUGUUUUUGCAGCGGUACCAGUACAUGCGGCAGAAGGAGCACCAGGAGGCGCGGCGGAAACGCCAGGAGCAGCGGAAGAUCCUGCGGGCGAAGCAGGCGCACCUGAGGGAGCAGGGGGAGAACAGCUCCAGCACUGACUACACAGGGAACGUGGAGCGGUGGCGGCGAUAGGGCGGGGCCCUGCCAGGCGCAGAAAAGUAGCAGAGCCCGACCCGACCUGCAAACCGGAGAUGACAAGUGAUGCUUCUCAAGGGUCUGAAGCAAAAAGAGGUCAAAAUGUUGCCUUUGCAGUUGCCUUUGCAGUAAAUGUUGUACUGUACGUGAAACACUUAAUCUUAGCGUGUAAUUAAAUUGUCCUUUUUAGGUUUGUUGGAUUAUUUAUGAAAUACAGGAGCCGUCUUGACUCAUCGGAAGUGUUUGCUUGGACAUUUAUUUAAAAGAAGUGAAAGAAAAAAAAAAUCUUUAAAUUAGUUAGGAGUACAAAACGGGAUGCUGGAAAAUGUUUAUGAUGCUCGGCUGAAAUCUAUCUGGGGAGCAAACUCAUUUCCUAAUAACGAGCAUUUAGCAUACUCUCACAAUACAAUAGAUGAACAAAACCUUUUCCCUUUGAUUUUAUCCUAAUUUUAUUUCAAUAAUGUGUUUUCAAGGGCACCAACUGCUUAUGAUAUUUACCAAGUUAAUGAGUGGAUGACAAAAGGAACAAUAAAGAUCUAGAAAAAUUAUCGACUAGUUUUAUGUAUAAUAUUGGCUUUUAAAAUGAAUAGAAGUAAUUUCUCUAGUUCUAUAAAUACUUAAAAUUUUAAACUUUUUCUACCUACUGCUGUUUAGAGUUUUAAGCUUGAUCUAUCUCAUAUUAAAAAAAAAAUUUAAAAAUACAUACGUACUUCUCUGAACUUAAUGCCAACAUUAUAGACACUGUUUCUGGAUUUUUUCAGGGCAGUAUGAUUUUAACCAUUCUGGAAAAGUUACAGCACACUCUCACGUUUGUUUCGUAAAGCCUUCUCCAAAUUAUAAUCCUGUGACAGUGUCUCAUUUUAAGUCUUUCUUAGCCAUUAGAAUACAUAAUGCUGAAUUUAUCAUUCCUUAAUAAUUGGUAAUAUAAACUAGAUGAAAUUAUGUUGCCGAUAUUUAUGUAGUGUCUUUAAAAAGUCAUAAAACUCUCUAAUCCCAGCAAUAUUAUAAAGAGAAUUGCUCAAUGGAAGUAGAUUUACACUUGAAUUAGGAUUUACUUCCAGUAAAUCUUUGCUACACCAGAUAAGAACAGGGCUUAUUUUUUUUCCUAUGCUCUUGAGCCCUUCAUAGCGAUGACAGAUGAGGACUGAAAAUUACGGAAGCCAGUUUUUCCAUAGCCAUAGUUACACAGGAGGAGAGGGAUAUGUGGUGCAUGGGGUGCAGCAGCUUGCUCCUGAGCAGGCUUUGCUGGGGCUCGGGGUGCAGAGCCAGAGCUGGAGCAGGAUCACUUGCAGCCCUCCAGCCUCCCCCAGGUCCACAGGGAGAGCAAACGGGGCACGUGGUGUGAGGGGCUCCUAUAAAACUCUAUGCAAAAAAAUAUAAACCUCUGCAAGGCUUGGGCCAGACAUUCAGCAAGUUCAGAACAUUUGUCCUGCAGUGCUCCUGAGCUUGGCACUGAGCAGAGACACCCGGGAAGGGCCCUCUGUGGCCCCAGGGACAUGAUGCUUACAAGGCUCACUUGCACUCUUGCCUUUCACCUGUAAUACUCUAUACAACAUGAAGGCAGGGGGGCAGAAAAUGAGGCAGAAGGCUUUAAACACAUCUUACAGCUCCACGCCUAAGUUACCUGGAAGAGGUUUUACAUCUGAUGUUGUGUGGCAGCCUGGGGGCAGCAGCCCUGCCAAGGGCAAGGGCAGAGCAAAGCAGCAGCAAACCAAUACCCUGCAUUAGCAGCUUUGAGAAGAGAAUAACUUCAUGUACAGCAUUUUUUUUUUUAAUGAGAAUUGCAGUUGCCAAUAUGAUGUCUCAGUUGUAUUUUGGCUUUCACUGGGGAUAAUUCAGUCUUUAAACUGAAAGGCACUGCUGUAAACAGGACCUAACUGUGUUUGAGCUGGAGGCCUGUUGCAGGAGGUGCAUCUUGUUUUUAUGCUGUGGUGUGCAUGGUUUACAGAGACUAGUUGCAUUUUCUUUGUGUAUACUGUUUAUUGUAUAUAGGGGAUAUACGAAUAUAAGAAUACCAUUUUGUCAUAACCAUAUCAAAUUCUACUGAUUUCCAUCGUAGAUGUUGUCUUAUUGUGUAGAUUUACAGACCAAUCCACUGACUUUGAUUGUGUCAUUUAACAGUAGAACUGAUAAAUAAAAUUUAACUACAGACAUCUGA